CCCCCACCCCGCGCCGAGCUCCCGGCCCCGCCCCCGAAUCGGGCGGGGCCCGGGCCUUCGGCCUCGGGAUGAAGUUGAUCCUUACGGUCCAGUGGAGCUAACAUUUAUUGACCAUUUACUACGUGCCAGAGUCCCUUCCCUCAAGAAGUUAAUACUCUGGUGGAGAAAAUCGGACACAUAAAUGGAUUAUAUCAGUCAUGUCAGUACACUGUGAGAAAAGAAGCCCACCUCCUUGACAUCAAGGGCUUUGUAUCUGAAUCACCUAAGUGACUCAAAGUCCUGACUUAAGGAAACCAGAAACAACCAGGGAAAUACAUUCUCACCGGAGAAAAGGCACUAACAGAGGAAGAGAGAAGUAGACAAGUGCUUUUGAGGCUCAAUAAGCCUGAAGUCAAAGCUCAACAUUCAUGAAAGGAUUUUUUUUUCAUUCUAAGUUAACAGAUUCAUGUUCUGAUCAAGGAACCGUAUCCCAUCAGACACCAUGCGGUGUUCCAUCAGGCGCGGCAUCAUAACCUCAGUGGGCAUUGGAUUCCUGUGGCUCCUCGUCACUUUGAAAACCCCCAGGGAAACUGAAGAUGUUCAGAACGUGACGGCUUUCAAAGGCCAAGAGGACAGUUAUGGCAAAAGAAAAGAUGUGAGACUGCUGGAAGGCUGGCAGAAUCAUACCUUCCAGUAUAUUAAGACAAUUCAGCAGAGAAGAAAGACGUGGCUGACAGUGGGGAUCUCCUCAGUGCCACGACCAGAUCAAAGCGGCCUCUUGUACACCCUGGUCUCUCUGUUCCGUGCUUCCUCUAAGAUCGAGCAGAAACGUCUCACAGUACUGGUUCAUCUGGCACAUUCUGACCUCACCGGGCUCAGAGAAACCAUUGCCCAUAUUUCAACCCUCUUCAGCCCACAGAUCUUGUCAGGGAAGCUGCUACUGAUUCAUGCUCCAUCUGAUGCCUACCGCACCACGGAUGACACGAGGAAGGAGGCCCACCGUGGGGAAUUCUACUCCAAGCAGAAUAGAGAUCAUGCCUUCCUCAUGAGCUUUGCCGCAAAGCUCUCUGAAUACUUCCUGUUACUGGAGGACAAUGUCCUUUGUGCCCCCAACUCUAUCACCCACAUUCAUUGGAAGGUGGACACAAUGAGGUCCGACCCAUGGGUGCUACUGGAGUUCUCUAAUAUGGGCUUCCUCGGCAAACUCUUCCACAGCAGGGACCUCCCACUCCUGGCUCAUUUCCUCCUCCUCUUCUACAAGGAAAAGCCCCUUGACAGACUGAUCCCCCACUUCCGUACCCUCCUAGCUCAGAAAAACCCAAUCCUCUGCAGACCGUUCCUUUUCUACCACAGGUUCUCCUACUAUACCUCCAAUGACAGUCAGAAGGCCACGCCAGUCCGGAAAAAGAACCCCUAUGGUCCUGACAACCCACCUGCAGCCAUUUUCACAGAUAUGAAGGUUUUUGAUGUUCAUUUCCCCUGGAAGGCCUACACUCUGGAUGAGUCAUUCUUCUGGACCCAAAAUGUUAGUGCAGGGAACCACCUGACAGUCCUUUUGAAGCAUCCAGCGAACUUGAGCAGAGUGCAAGUGUUGACAGGCACCAUCGUGGAUGGAAAGCAUGCCCUAGAGAAGGGGCAAGUGGAGCUGGGCUAUGACCCCGAGGGAAUGCCUCAAUACUGUACCAGCUUUGCCUUGCUGGGCCAUCUCUUGGAAGGGCAGGUGAAUCAGGAGCUAUUCAAAAGUAUGGGGUACGAUGUGAGCUGUGUAAGGCUGGUGGUGAAAGCUAAUCAGGUUGGCGGUCUCAUAAUCAGGCAUAUUUACCUCUGGGAGGAAAAUCCCAAAGAUAUGGAAGCAGCUCAGAGUUGGAGAUAAAUCACUAAGGAUGUGAAAAAUUAAAGUUGUGAAGCUGUUCCA